UUGUUGAGAAAGAAGAUAAAUUCCGAGAGACAAACGAACUAUAGAGAUAAUCUUUCUUGUGAUCAGCUUUCAAAUAUGAGAUCUGUUACUUGGUUUAUAGUUUCUUAUAUUCUCAUGUUUCUCGUUCUGAGAGGUGGUAAAGAAGUGGAAGCAGAGAAACUGUGUACAACAAUAGGAGACUUGGACGGUAAAUGUAGCAAUGACGGAGAAAAGAUGUGCAUGAGAUACAUGACGGAUCAAUCUAAAAAAAAGUUUCUUAGUUGCACAUGCAAUAACGUUAUCAUGUUACACAAGUACAAACAUUAUUGCGAAUGUAAAUCUCAUUGUACUCCUAAAUAAAUUUAAGUUGUAACUCUAUAAUAUAAUCAACAUCUCUUUAAUUUACUACUAAA